AUGGGCUUUCCUGUCGCUCUUGGUGAUGGCGUCCGACGGCUUGGGAUACGAGAGAGGAGCGGAGGGAAGGUGGUGGCUUGCCAUUGCCCAUGGAUGGCGAUCGGCGACUGGGGAUUAGGAUGUUUAGCCAAGAUUUCUGACAGUUAUGGCCCAAUACUUCUGCUGCAAUUCGGCUCCCGCCGUGUCCUGGUGGUAUCAUCUCCGUCAGCCGCCGAGGAGUGUCUCAACAAAAACGAUAUUAUUUUUGCCAACCGCCCACACAUAACGGCCAGUAAUGACAACACAUCCUUGGCGAGCGUUUCUUACGGAGGUCACUGGCGAAUCCUUCGUAAAUUAUCUUCCAUGGAAAUGCUAUCCACCCAUAGACUCCAAAUGCUUGAAGAUAUUCGUUUUGAUGAGGUAAAAGCCAUGAUAAAAAGGCUGUAUCGUAUUUCAGAAACGAAGCAAGCGGUUGAUAUGAAAAUCAUGUUCUUUGAACUGAUAAUGAUUGUGAUGAUGAGAAUGAUAGCUGGAAAAAGGAACUGGUUGAAGAAUGUAAACUGUAAAGGAAGUGCCAAUGGCGGCAGCAACAAUUUGGAUAAGGCAGGGACAAAUAAAACGAUGAUUGAAGUGCUGUUGACACUGCAGGAGAAAGAACCUGAGUAUUACACUGAUGGAAUUAUUAGAAGCCUCGUGCUUGUUUUGCUGGCAGGUGGGACAGAAACAUCAGCUACAACAAUGGAAUGGGCACUAUCUCUUUUAUUGAACAAUCCAGAAGUCUUAAAGAAGGCCCAAACUGAAAUUGAUAAUCUCGUAGGAGAUGAACGUUUGUUGGAGGAAUCCGACAUAAUUAAUCUACCGUACCUACGUUGUAUUAUAAACGAAACAAUGAGAAUGUAUCCUCCAGCUCCUCUCCUAAUUCCUCAUCAGUCCUCGGAGGAGUGUUUUGUAGGAGGAUAUCGCAUACCAACAGGCACAAUGUUGUUAGUGAACUUGUGGGCUAUACAGAAUGAUCCGAAGAUUUGGAUGGAUCCCAGAAAAUUUAAACCCGAAAGAUUUGAAGGACUUGGGGGAACCAGAGAUGGAUUCAAGUUAAUGCCUUAUGGUUUCGGGAGGAGAGGAUGUCCCGGAGAGGCCCUAGCUUCACGUAUCAUCCGACUGGCAUUAGGAUCAGUUAUCCAAUGCUUUGAUUGGGAAAACGUUGGCAAGGAAAUGGUAGACAUGACUGAAGGAACUGGAAUAUCUCUGUCGAAAGCUCGGCCUUUAAUGGCUAAGUGCUUCCGCCGUCCCAUAGCAACUAAGCUUUUUUCUCCUUAA